AUGUCUGAUGCACCAGAGUCCCUUCGCGCGCCAGAGCCUAUAUCGGCAGGGCUGGACAAGAGUACACAUAAUGACGAAAAGAAGCAAGAUGACAACCUUGGGCCAACUGACAGCCAUGUACUUUCUCAGGUAGAGCCUGAGGACGAGGCCAAAGGACUGGCUCAGAAAGCUGGAGUCACCAACGAUGUCUCAGACAUCGGAUGGGGAGAAUCUGACAAAAUCGAAGAGAGAAUUGUGACGGGAUUGUCGAAUGAGGAUCUCUGGAUGCUGAUCCGUCGGUUCAAUAAGCAAAUCUACUGCGUCAAAGCUGUUCCGAAUCCCCCAUUACAGAAGCUGGAUCUCAAUCGGGCAGAAGAUGAGAAUUUCUCCCCAGAUAAGCUGAGGGCUACUCUGGAGAGAUUCUAUACAACAGUGGUUAUUGGCUUGACCAGUCUAGUUAAGCACAUCGCUAGGCUUCGCUCAUGGAGAGAGCCUCGGCGAACAGCAGCCUUUUGCGCAGUAUACUCCGUAGCCUGGCUCUCGGACCUCCUCGUUCCCACGCUCUUUGGUACGAUGCUUGUUCUGGUUAUCUGGCCUCAAUCUCGGAAGAUCCUGUUCCCUCCCGCACCUCUUGCCCUGGUCGAUAAAUCUACCGGUGGCGUGCAGAAACCUAAGGCUGGAGUGCUCGGUUCCCAUGACAGUGUGACGGGGGCUCCGGAGAAAUAUAAAGGUGAAGCCGCCGAGCAAGAAGCAAGUAAUCUAAUCACUAGCGUUGCCACUGUUGCUGUGGGAAGCGCUGCCGGGAAACAUGAUCAAGGCACACCGGAGGAUGCUCCCAUGGAAUCGUCAGUCCCAGACGCGAUGGAUAUCGUGUCGAAGACAGCCGAUGCACAAGCUGCUGCUGGUGGAGAAGUGCCAGCCGAUACUCACGACAAGACCAGGCAACCUAUGAAGGAGACGGUGUUGAACGGCGCGAAUCUGGCAAUGCGAGUCCUCAGUGAUAUCAUUGAUACUUACGAGAGGUUUGGAAAUGCUCUCUCGCCAACACCACCUUUUUCGGCCUCAACCCCUUGUCUUCGCCUAUCCAGCGUGCUCGCGGCCGGAUUUCUGGGGUCAUUAUUGACUUCAAGCUAUGUGUUCGUAAAAUUGAGCACUUUCCUUUUUGGGUUUGUCUUUUUCGGUGAUCCAAUUCUUCAACGUCUCAUGAGCUACUUGAAUCAUGAAUUCCCACAUUGGCAAAAGCUUCUCGAAUUGCAAAAUUCCCUCUUGAAAGGAGUCCCUACUAAUGCUCAGCUUACCCUCACACUUCUUCGCAUUGGCGAAUCGAAUGCCGCACCCUUACCGCCGCCCCCUUCAAGCUCUCUCCAUAAAACUCCGUCAAGGCCCGCCUCGAUCCACCACGAUCAAUUGACCUUGGGAGCCACCGACGAGGAAAUCAACCGAGCUGCAGCUCCUGAGCCGGAACAAGACGCAGUGCACGAUACUCACGAGGACGAAAAGCCUAAGAAGAAGAAUCUUGGUGCCAGAAUAAUUGGGUUUUUCAAGGGCACCACAGCGACGGGAAUCGAGACCAAGCUCGCCGUUGAUCGGGUCCGCGCCCAAGCUGGAUCACAUCAUGCGAGGAAUCAUGUCGGUAUCCUACGCAAGAAAGGCGUAGAGACCUUGCCCUACGGCCCUGUGGAGUUCGACGCAAGGUACAAGGGUAAACGAGGAACUGUGGUGAUUGACUCCUCCCAGCAACCGCCGCUACUGUAUUUCACGACAGACCCGGCUGUCAAUCAGGGCGACUACAGAUUGGAUAGUAGAAAGAAAGGCACAGUGCUCUUCACAAUACCGGUCACCGAAAUCCAGGAAAUGCGCAAGAUCGGCGGGAUGGGGUGGAAAGGGAAAUUGGUUGCUGGCUGGGCUGUUGGCAGCAAGGAAGUUGUGGAUGGCUUGGUCCUCAUUGGGAAGCAUCCGCACGAUUCCUAUCAGCUUACAGCGAUGAGUACUCGAAACGAACUGUUCAACCGCUUGGUUGCCAUUGAUGGACAGGUUUGGGAAAACUUUUAA